UCAGUGGUCAUUUCUGGUGUGAGCUGGAGCAGAGCAGAGUGCCGAGAACAUGUAAUGAAUCUGCAAAAUGAUGUCUCCUUUCCAGCAGUGGUAAUCGUCAGCUCCAGAACAAGAGAAGUAAAACUGAAGAAGAAUCGGUGAAGAUGAGGAAACGUGGCAUCACUUUGAUAUGAAGUAGGUUGACACCAGGAGCAGAAAAAUCCUCCAUUCACAACUGAUCAGACUCUUCAUAAGAGUAUGCGUGAACAAUUUUGAGGCUUGUCUCUCAGGGAGAGAGGCUAAAAACAACAGGAGAGGAGAUUAUUUGCGGAGCGGGCCGUGCAGGUAUUUCUCUGGUCUGCCUCUGCUGCUAAAGAAGACUUCUUUCCUACUUCCCAGCCAGAAGAGAGCAAUCCCACAGAACCACUCAGAGGCAACAUGGCAACACCUCCAGGCUGCAGCAACAUAUCUUCUGACUAUUAUUUCCUCUGUGACACCGAAGCUGCCUGGGGCAUCAUUCUGGAAUCCUUUGCUACAGCUGGUGUGGUUACCGCAUUCAUCCUCACAUUAGUGCUCCUUUUUCUUAUCUGUAAAGUCCAAGAUAACACAAAAAGAAGCCUGGUCCCUAUUCAGUUCCUCUUCCUUCUGGGCACUCUAGGAAUCUUUGGCCUCACUUUUGCCUUCAUCAUAAAGAUGAACGAGGGAACUGGCCCCACCCGCUUUUUCCUUUUUGGAGUCCUCUUUGCCCUCUGCUUUGCCUGUCUUCUUGCCCAUGCCUUUGACCUCGUCAAGCUAGUGAGAGGAAGACGCCCACUGUCUGCAUGGAUGUUGCUGGUUAUCACCAUCGGCUUGAGUACUGUGCAAAUAAUUAUAGCCAUACAAUAUGUAGCCAUCAAUAUUGGAAACCUAAAAGGCCCCGAGAUGGAUGACAGAAGACGUAAUGAUUUUGUUUUGCUUCUGAUCUACGUGCUUUUUCUGAUGGCCUUGCUUUUUGUAGUUUCAAUGUGUGUGUUCUGCGGGUCGUACAGAAGAUGGAAGAGGCAUGGUGUACACAUAUUCCUCACCAUCUUGGUCUCCAUAGGCAUCUGGGUGGCAUGGAUCACUAUGCUGAUGAGAGGCAACACAGAUUUAGAGAAACGACCACAGUGGGAUGAUCCUGUUAUCAGUAUUGCUCUGGUUGCAAAUGGCUGGGCUUUCCUGAUUUUGUACGCAAUUCCUGAACUCUGUUUCCUCACCAGUCCACAAAAGCCUGGGGACUACCCUCCAGAGAAUAGUUUCUGUCAGCCUAAAGUUUUGAAGAAAACCUAUGGAGUAGAGAAUGAAGCCUAUGCUCCAGAAGACAACACACAAGGAAGCAGAGAUGGCUCAUAUGUGCCUUAUUCAACUCACUUCCAACUGGAGAAGCUUGAGCCUCAACAGGAUUUCUCCAUUCCACGGCCCAAACCCCGGCCCAGCCCAUACCAAGGGUAUUCUGGAGGCGUCCAUUAAAAACCUCUACAAAGAACACAAGAGAAGCAAUACCAGGUUGGCUGAGGUGCUGUGGAACCAUGCUGGAUAUACCAAUGCUUCUGUUUUAGGAAAUCAGGGACACAGCUCAGCAGUGCAGUGGAUGAAGGAGAAUUAAUUUUUCCUCCUGAUUGCCUUUUUGUUCAUCUCUGAAUAAGUGACACUUUAUCCUUCUUCAUUCAUCAUAUCCCUUCAUUCAAUGAAUCUCCAUUGUCCUUUUCAGAUAUAUCCCCUCAAACAAUUACAGUUGCCCUGGCCCCACAUAGGCUCUCAGGUUCAUUAGAAUGAUGAUCAUCCUAGAUUUUUAGUCAUGUAGAAGAAUACUGUGCAUCUAGCUAGACCAAGAUGGAGGAUAGAGAGCCAGUUGGUGCAGCCACAUGUUCUCCCUCAUGUGAUUGCAGUUGCAUAGGAGGUAAUUGCCCAAAUGGGGCUGAUGGCUUCUUUCCAUUCCAUGAGACUCCUUUAUUUUUAGCAAUUUGUCCUACCUUAUUUUUCUUCAUGAUGUGAUGGAAAUUAGGAACAAAUACCUAGUUCAGUCCCAAAACUUCUUAAACAGAAUGAGACUUCUCGGUGAUUACUCUGUUUUUGCCUAGGCCACAUCUCUGAAUCAUCUAUGUUCACGUAUGUUAUUUCCCCCUCCUUUUCUUUCUGAAGCAUUGGAAUUAGUGACAAUAUUCAGUGCUCCCAAGUAAUUCUGGGAAUUGUAGUUCCUAGAAAGUAGUAGUUCGGAGCUCUGCAUUCCUUGGCUGUUCUGGUAAACUACUAUCUGGAGCAAUUCUGACCCAGUUUUAGACGCACACCCUCUCUCUACAUAAGCUGUGGUUAGGAAGCCAUGAAGAGUUUCUGAUAGGUUCUAAUUUAAGUGCUUGGUUGAUACUAAAGUCAUUGUAACAAGUCCAAACUCAUCUUAGGCAUCUCCUCAGCAUUUUCAUAUCCUGAGUCCUUGAAAAGUCUUACAAUGACUUCUUUCUAUCUGUGGGUGGCUAUCUGUGAAUUGUCAUAGUAACUGAACCAGAAUACCUCUUUCAUUGAAGUAUACAGAUAAGUCAUCAGGCAAUCCGAACUGUCUUACUAGCACUAGAUGACCAUCCUUGAUUUCAUCAGACUGAAGGCCUUUCUUUAGUCAUCUUUCCCCCAAACAACACUCAGUACUAAGACUGUUACAUACGGACCAUGACAGAGAAAGACAUCCUCUGUUCAUCCCUGCUGUCUAGCAACCAGAAGCAUAUAUAUGGAGACUCUAUUUUUAGUCAUCAUACCAUUGUGGGAUUGAUGUGUACAAUUUCCUUUAAAAUCACUCACAUUAGUGGGAUGGGGAUCCACCCUAUGUACCCUCCUUUACAUGUGGAAACUCCCAGAUCCUGUCCUUGGUAUCUCAUUGAUAAAAGGAUUCAGGUACCAGCAGCUGAUGGAGAAGCCCCUUUUGCCAAAACCUGAGGCCCUGGCAUGGGCCCUUCUGAUGUCAUGGGGUGGAGUAGGCAAGGUUUGGCUGCCAGCAGAACAUGCAUAUAAACAUCUUUGCACUGAGCCAUUGAGCCAGCUGCAAAUGGGUGGAAAUGUGUGCCCAGGCUUCAAAAACACUUCACACCCAGAAAUGAGCUCUGAAAUUCUUCUCUGCCCCCUCCCCCCCCACGACACCUGGAGAAGCACAGCAAUUGCAUAAGCCUCAGAUGGUGACCUGCCUGACAGCCUUAGUGAGGAACAUGUAUGAGAUCAAGAGAGGUGUUGGUGAAACAAAGGAGCACACUAAAUGCCGAUCCUCACAGGCAUUCUCUUUACUGAUUUAUGAAUCUCCAUCACAGGCACAAUUCAGAUCCUUGUCGCCAGCAUGUGUUGCCUGUGGAUGCGAUCCUUGGCUCUCUGUUGUGUCAACAUCUCAGUAUGAGAUCCCUAUCCUGCCAUGUAUGUGUAAUACACAAAGAUAAACAUUAAAUGAUCCAUAUGCAAGCGUGCCAUGUUAACAGCCAACAGUGAAUUAUUGGUGGAAAACAUGAAAUGAAAUGGAGUGAAACUUGUAAUAUACCAUAUUAAACUCUAACGAGGCAUAGACGUUAUGGGGCUUUGAUUUGUCAUUAACACUUUAGCUUGGGAGUCUGGAAUGAAUAAUGCAGAGAUGUGGGGAAAAGAAAAGAAACUGAGGAAGUGAAGAUGGGAGUGAGAUCUAAACUGCUAAGGCAGCAAUCCUGUACCUAUACACCCCAGAGUACGUUGCACUGAACUCAGUGGGAGUUUAAGUAAAGUGUGGCAGAGAAAGAAAAACAGGCAGUAAAAAACGUAUUUUUAUUGCAACCCCUUUCAGAAAAUCACUUCAGAUUCUAGUGAAAAAGUUGUAAAGCUAGCUCAGGAAAAAAA